AAAACACAUAAUUCAUUCGUUCUUUUUAAUCUGUGCGCGCGCCAUUUUGGACGUUUCUUUCGUUGCUGUGCUGCGAAAAAUCCAAUUUUUGCAAAAUGGGUCACGCAAACAUCUGGUACUCUCACCCCCGUAGAUACGGACAGGGAUCCCGUUCAUGCCGGGCCUGCUCCAACAGACAUGGUCUGAUCCGCAAGUACGGUCUCAACAUUUGCAGACAGUGCUUCAGAGAAUACGCUAAUGACAUCGGAUUCAAGAAGCUGGACUAAAUGGUUUCAGAUAAGCUAAUAAAUUUAGUUUAAGCAAAAA